CACUGGCAUAUUGCAAAAAUAUUUUAGGUACUCGCGUCAACCAGAAAAACUCAAAAAGAAAGGCCUUAAUGUGCGCGGAAUAAUCGCCUACCGAGUGGAACGCGAUCUGAGGAACCCAGCACACAUCCCCAAACACAAUGGAGGCCCUAAUUCCGGUCAUAAACAAACUGCAAGAUGUCUUCAACACUGUGGGGUCCGACUCGAUACAACUGCCCCAAAUUGUUGUUCUCGGCAGUCAGAGCUCCGGCAAGAGUUCUGUGAUUGAGAGCGUGGUAGGACGAUCCUUUCUCCCCCGAGGAACUGGAAUUGUGACCCGUCGCCCAUUGGUCCUACAGCUGAUUUACAGCCCUCUCGAUGAUCGCGAGAAUCGCUCGGCGGAAAACGGCACCUCCAAUGCGGAGGAGUGGGGCCGCUUUCUGCACUCUAAGAAGUGCUUCACGGACUUUGACGAUAUUCGGAAGGAGAUCGAGAAUGAAACUGAGCGUGCAGCGGGCAGCAACAAAGGCAUCUGCCCGGAGCCCAUCAACCUGAAAAUAUUCUCCACCCACGUGGUUAACCUUACGCUGGUGGAUCUACCCGGCAUCACAAAGGUUCCGGUGGGCGAUCAGCCAGAGGACAUUGAGGCUCAGAUAAAAGACUUAGUGCUCAAGUACAUUGAGAACCCUAACUCCAUAAUUUUGGCUGUGACGGCCGCCAAUACGGAUAUGGCCACAAGUGAGGCGCUGAAACUAGCCAAGGACGUGGAUCCUGAUGGCAGGCGGACCCUAGCCGUGGUCACCAAGCUGGAUCUCAUGGACGCCGGCACUGAUGCCAUCGACAUUUUGUGCGGCCGCGUUAUUCCCGUCAAGCUGGGCAUCAUCGGCGUGAUGAAUCGCUCUCAAAAGGACAUCAUGGACCAAAAGCACAUCGAUGAGCAGAUGAAGGACGAGGCAGCUUUUUUACAGAGGAAGUACCCCACUCUGGCCACCCGAAAUGGUACGCCGUACUUGGCCAAGACCCUCAACCGGCUCCUGAUGCACCACAUCCGCGACUGCCUACCUGAUCUUAAGACCCGCGUCAAUAUCAUGGCCACGCAAUUCCAAUCGCUGCUAAACUCCUACGGCGAGGAUGUUUCGGACAAGAGCCAGACUUUGCUCCAGAUUAUUACAAAGUUCGCCAGUGCCUACUGCUCCACUAUUGAGGGUACGGCCCGUAACAUCGAGACAACGGAGCUCUGCGGAGGUGCACGGAUUUGCUACAUUUUCCACGAAACCUUUGGUCGCACCUUGGAUUCCAUUCACCCGCUGGCGGGACUGAGCAAAAUGGAUAUACUUACAGCUAUUCGCAAUGCGACGGGUCCACGUCCGGCUCUGUUUGUUCCGGAGGUUUCAUUCGAGUUACUGGUAAAGCGACAGAUCCGCCGACUAGAGGAACCCUCUCUGCGUUGCGUGGAACUCAUUCACGAGGAGAUGCAGAGGAUUGUUCAGCACUGCGGCAACGAAGUACAACAGGAGAUGUUGCGCUUCCCCAAACUCCACGAAAAGAUUGUGGAUGUUGUUACUCAGCUAUUACGUCGAAGACUGCCGCACACCAACGUGAUGGUAGAGAACAUUGUAGCCAUCGAGCUGGCCUACAUCAACACCAAACAUCCCGAUUUCCACAAGGAUGCCGCCCUGGUGCCCAGUCUGCUGAAAACCGACAGCGACCCAUACUCACAGAUGAAUCUGGGACAGCGACGGGCCAACACACCCCGCAACCACAUGUCGCCACAGGUUUCGGCCCACUCUGCAGCCUCACAGCAGCAACAGCAGCAGCAGAACAACCAACAGCCGCCAUAUAGUGAAGCGCAUGAGCAGAACCACGUUGGUGAAAACUCGACGCCUUCGAUGGCAAGCACUUGGCUGUCAAACAUUUUACCUCCGGCACCAACGCGUCCGGAUAGCAUUGAAAACUCGGCCAGCAAUACGCCGGUGCACAAUAACAUUGUCAGCCCGGUGAAGCCAGUAAAUUUGCUGCCCGAUGUGCCGGCUAACCACAAUCCACGUCGCCUGACUGACAAGGAGCAAAAGGAUUGUGAUGUCAUUGAACGCCUGAUCAAAUCGUAUUUUUACAUUGUGCGCAAAUCCAUACAAGACUCGGUACCAAAGGCCAUUAUGCAUUUUUUGGUUAACUACGUUAAGGAUAACUUGCAGAGCGAACUGGUUACCCAUCUUUAUAAAUCGGAUAGAGCGGAAACUCUGCUGAAUGAAUCCGAUCACAUUGCAGUUCGCCGAAAAGAGGCAGCCGAUAUGUUAAAGGCAUUGACGCGGGCAAAUCACAUCAUCAGCGAAAUACGGGAGACCCACAUGUGGUAGGCUGGGUACCGAUUGGAGCAACCCGUUUCGACUUAAUAAUCCCCACAUAUAAGCAACAUAAAAACUAUUUAUUGAAGACGCGUUUGAAAAGAACGAAUCCUUCUUUGUUAAAUGUUUCCCCUACCGAGCACUGAAAUAUCAUCAAAUUGCAUGCGACCCCUCAGUUCUGGGCCUUUCAUUUUAGCGUACUCCUGCAUUUCGACUCGCCUGGCAUUUGUCUAUCAUCGAGCCUCGCCGCUUUAUAAAUUUAUAAGAAGUUUUAGAAGCCGUGAAUCGUUCGAUUAGGUUACCAAAAGCACUUAUUUCACAUUGAAUAGUCAAAUAAAGCAGAAAAGGUUGAUUCAAACAAA